UUCAUUUGACGUGGACGUGACGUCGACGUAAAGCGCGAAAUUUGACUGGCGGUCGGAAGUGAAAAAGAUAAGCGCAAAAUCACAGACAGACAGUACGCAAAAUGCCUAUGUCCUGUUGUGUUUACGGAUGCUCCAGUAGGUCGACCAGAGAAACCGAUAAACGGUAUUUUAGGGUACCAAAAAUAGCCCAACGAAGAGGAGAAAAAUGGAAAAUUCUAACCGAAAAACGUAGGAAAAAAUGGAUUUUAAAUUUACGUUUACAGUCGGGAGGAGCAGAGUCUGCCAAUGCCCGUGUCUGCAGCGACCACUUCGUCAGAGGCUGCCCAAGUGCUUUGGAUGACGAAGAGUCGGAGGACUGGGCUCCGACGGUCAAUCUCGGCUACGAACGAAAACCCAGAUCGGAAUCAGUUCUCAAACGAGAGAAAAGAAUGAAGCUUAAGGCAGAACAGCAUCGAUGUGCAGAGGCGAUUUUGGAUAUGCAACAGACGGCUGAGAGCCCGGAUUUGAGCCUAGUGACAGUGGAGAACCCCGAACUGCAGCUUCCAGCUGAGAAUCCACAACCAGAAGACUUCAGUGUGAAUGAGACAUUCACUUAUCCAGCCUUACCCCCCUUUCCUCACUCCCUCGUCGCCUACUUCUGGAUUUAGCAGAAGGAUUUAAUCUGACUGCGUGGACUCCUGUUGAUCUGCCUGCUACAUAACCUCUCCAGAAACAUCAUACCCAUCAUCAUCUGCUCUCAUCACCAGAGUGCCCCUUUUCUUCCUCCCACUCUUUAACAUUGUCAUUUGAAACCCGAGCAGGAUCUGCCUCAGGAAGACCCAAAUCCAUUUCCAUCCUCAUGCUAAGAACAGUGGGUGUGAUUGGCCUGUUAGCAACUGACUGAUUAUUCUGCCCUCGAGCAAGGUUUUCCCUACCAUUGGUUAGGAUGAGUUCAUUCUGCUGUUUAACAAAAUGUAUCAACCAUUUCAAAAACAGCAACAAAUAAACAAAACAAAAAGAGAAGAAUUAUAAAAUGUUCUAAACCUUUAUGCUACGUCACAAAGCAAAGAAGCAAUGGCUGAUUGAAGAGUUGAACACAACUCUUGGUGAAUUUUGCAGUCUGAACAGAAAUUCUAGACACUGGAUGAUAUAAAUAUAAAUGAAAGGGUUCAAUUUAUUUAGCAGACUGCAUUUAUUGAUAAUAUGUAGUGUGGUACUGAAAGCUGCAGCACUCAUUGUUUAUUGGUAUUUAAGGAAGCUUCUGAAGGGCUAAAAAUAUUUUCAGUUUGGCAUAUUUUUGCAAUUAGCUGGAUGUUAUGUUAGAACAGUUCACAGCAUGUAAAAGCUUCAAACUAAAUAAGAGAAGUUUACUGAAUAAGAACGUCAAUAUAGACGUACAUAUAUUUCUUUAAAAUCAUAUAAACUGCUAUAAAAUAGUGCUGAAGCCAGUUACCCUCUUCUGUACUGUGUACAACUAUUUAGUUGGAUCAGAACCCCCCAGUUAUGCAACACUGGCAAUAACAGAGGGCAGAGUCCACUCUACGGGUUCUGGGAUUUUGAAAUAGCAGAAAUUUCUGUGAACUGUAGCAAAAUCAGGUUCAGUUACAGAAUAGGGA